UGGAGUUACCUGGAGAUGAGAUUUCUUUCUACGGAUAUGAAGGAUAGAAAUAUGCUAUUUGCUGCUAUUCCAUCUAUUUGUGCAUCAUGUCCGAAGAAGAUCUCAAUCUAUAAUGAAGAAAUGAUAGUAGCUCGUUGUUUUAUAGGCUUUCUCAUAUUCAGUCGGAAGAGUUUAGGUAAGACUUUCAAAGAAACUCUCGACGGGAGAAUCGAGUCUAUUCAGGAAGAAUUGCUGCAAUUCUUCAAUCCUAACGAAGUAAUUCCGGAGGAAUCCAAUGAACAACAACGAUUACUUAGGAUCAGCUUGCGAAUUUGCAGCACCGUAGUAGAAUCAUUACCAACGGCACGCUGUGCGCCUAAGUGCGAAAAGACAGUGCAAGCUUUGUUAUGCCGAAACCUAAAUGUAAAGUCAGCAACACUUCUAAAUGCCACUUCUUCCCGCCGCAUCCGUCUUCAGGACGAUAUAGUCACAGGUUUUCACUUUUCAGUGAGUGAAAGAUUUGUAUCCGGGUCUACGUUCAAAGCUUCUACCAUAGACCUAAUUCGAGAAGGCUUGAUAGUCCUAAGAAAGGUGAGGGUGGGGGUUCUAUUUAGGAAGAAUAAGAAGAAUCUCAUUCAUGUGUUCAUGCUAACAGAGGAGCGGAUGUCAGUUUACAUUGGAGUAGUAGAGGAUUCUGUUUUACUUGCUAAAAACAUCUCCAUCCUAGCAUUUUCGUGA